GUUCAGCGUUAGUUUACCUUGAACGCUCAACGCGGUGUGAGAGUUCGCAAGCCGACUUGAUUAUCUGUUUGGUGUCUGCGUGUCUGUGUUGUGAUUCGAUUUUCGGCGGUUUGUUUUCGAAUUUGUGGUGAUUAUUAGUGCCCAAAAGGGAUAUACCACUGCCAGAACACGAUUUAAGAUGUGAGAUGCAAUUACUAUCCUGACUGAUUCAGUUCAUUAUUUUAUAUAACUAUUGAAACAACAGUGCCUUCAAGACCACAUCGACAUAGUCACGAAAGAAAUUAAGCCGUCCAAACCGUCUUUACACAUCGCCACAAAGAUGAUACACUCUUCUGGAAUUCGCACAUCGAAGAAAAUAAAAAACCGCAACAUCCUGUAACAUUUUUUCCGUCUCGACAACAUCGCGCACAUGUAUCUCCCCAACUGAAGGGAAACCUCUCGACAACCGACAACACCGCAUACAUGUAUUUCUUCAGUUGAAGUGAAACCGCUCGACAACCGGCAACAUCGCGUGGAUGCGGGAAUUCGAAUCGCGGAGCGCGCACGAGCUCGGCCGCGAUGUCGUGUCGCCAUCUCGCGGCGGGAUGACGGACUGGGAGGGAAUGUGGAUUAGGUCGCUGUCUAAACCGCCGACAUGCAGAUCGCUGCAGGACCUUCAGGUGAUUUAUUACGGACUUAGCGGAUUGGAGGCGCUGCAGACCGUGAGGGAUUCGAGUUUACGCGCCUUGUGUAAAAUUGUCAGAUAUGAGAAGCACUUGGCCAAUGACGUUCUUUAUUACACUGGUGAAUUAUCAACAUGUUGGUACAUUCUGCUGUCAGGAUCCGUUUUCAUCGAUGGAUCUAUGUUCCUACCUCGAUCAAGUUUUGGCAAAAGAACUGGGGGCAGUGCUCGACGCCAAAACGAAUGUUUCGUUUUGGAACCUUCAGAGAUGAUUGUCAUCGACUAUCCAGAUAUAGAACCCCGAAGAAUUCAAAAUUCUCCGCUGAUGGAUCAUCCGCAGCAUAGAAGCAUGAACAUCAUGUUUGUGGAUGAGUAUGCACAAAACAUCCCAAGACAGAAUUUGUACCACAAGUGCUCGAGAGGGUCGCAUUCAUCAGACACGAGUUCCGCGUACAGCGGAUCAGACACUAUGGCCUCCACUCAUUCAGAACUCGACGGAGACGAGCUGGACCUUACGGGGCUUGUCGAAAGCAUCGUAGACAGCGACGAAGAAGACGAUUUAACAGAGAGUAUGGAUAGUUUAACAGUACGGGACAGAGUCAGAGACUGCCUAGAAAAAGAACCGUCAGAACGAACCGAAGAUGACAUAGAAGCAUUAUUAGAAUUCACUCAACAUUUAAAAGCAUUUACGAACAUGACAUUAGCAGUGCGACGAGCCCUGUGUGCAGUUAUGGUAUUUGCAGUGGUAGAAAAAGCUGGUACAAUAGUGAUGAAUGACGGAGAAGAACUAGAUUCUUGGUCAGUGCUUGUAAAUGGCUCCGUAGAGGUUGUGAUACCAGAUGAACCAAGUCAGACGUUGUAUAUGGGUGAUGCAUUCGGCAUCUUGCCGACCAUGGACAAGCUCUACCACAAAGGUGUCAUGGUUACUAAACAAGACGAUUGCCAAUUCGUUUGUAUAACGCAGUCAGAUUACUAUAGGAUAUUGCACCAAGGUGAAGAAAAUACGCGAAGGCACGAAGAAGAAGGAAAACUAGUCAUGGUAACGGAGCUACGAGGUUCACUGGAACCUGGAAGCAACAGAAGAGGUCAUGUAGUUAUUCGCGCCACCGCAGAUAGGCUCAUGCAACAACUAAUCGAAGAAAACUCACUUACAGACCCCACUUACGUAGAAGACUUCCUUUUAACUCACCGGGUGUUUAUUCAGAGUCCUCUGGUUGUAGCAAGUCAACUGUUAGAUUGGUUUAAAGAUACCGAAGUGCGAGAUAGAGUGACAAGGGUGGUGUUGCUUUGGGUCAACAAUCAUUUUACAGACUUCGAAACUGAUCCUGAUAUGAUUGAGUUUUUAGAAACAUUCGAGCAAGGACUCGAAUCGGAGAAGAUGGUAGGGCAACUAAGGCUUCUGAAUAUAGCCUGUGCAGCUAAAGCGAGGAUACGGAACGUGGUCUUAGCUAGACCUAACAGAGACGAACCCUUGAGUUUUCAAAUUCUUGGAGGAUUCGAACGAAACUUCGGAAUAUUCAUUUCGAAAGUGGAUAAGAAAUCUAAAGCGGAAGACGUAGGCUUGAAACGUGGUGAUCAGAUCCUCGAAGUCAAUAACCAUAGCUUCGAACAUAUGUCCUUGGCUAGAGCAUUAGAAAUCUUGAGAGGAACGACACAUCUAAGUAUUACAGUUAAAUCAAACCUUCUCCAUUUCAAAGAAAUGCUUAAUACUCCGGAUAACUCCCCAAGACCAAGGAGUAGAAAGGUUUCCGAUAUAACUAAUUUAACUAAGGUUCCUGCAGAUCCUAGGGCUAGGCUGUCUAGUGUAGAUGGUAAUAUCAUCCUUGGCCAUGAUACUCCUGCUUCGCAACCGAUCACCAUAAGUAGUCCUGCGAAAGAAGGAAAGAAACAGAGCUUUAUGACGCUGGGAAGACUGCAGAAGGCGCUGAUGAAGAUGAGCAUUUUUCCUAAGAAUAUGAUAAAUGUUGGUUUGGGCCAGGACCAAGUUGAUAGCUUUAAUCCUCCUUCAACGUUAGGAUCGAACCUUUACCAAUCGCAGAGCAAUCCAGAUCUGAUGUCAAUUUGUUACGAUGACUUGAGAUGUACGGAUUAUCCUGAACAUGUGUUAAAGGUUUACAAGCCUGAUCAAAGCUACAAAUACCUCCUAGUCCACAAAGAAACCACAGCUCACGAAGUGGUAAUGCUGGCUCUACAAGAAUUCGGUAUGACGGAUCCCAGCAGCAACUUCAGCCUCUGCGAGGUCUCCGUGACGGACAACCAAACCAUCAAGCAGAAGCGGCUCCAAGACGAUCUGCAGAACCUAGCAGAGCGAAUAGGCCUGAGCAGCCGGUAUUAUCUCAAGACGAACGGCGUUACAGAAACCCUGGUACCUGAUGAGCUAGCUCCCGAGCUAGUUAGAGAGAGCGCGGUGCAUUUUUUGCAACUCAACGCGGUGGAGGUGGCGAUACAGCUGACUCUGCUGGAUUUCAGUAUUUUUAGACAGAUCGAGCCGACUGAGUACAUCGAUGAUCUCUUCGAGUUGAAGUCCAAGUAUGGCACGCCGAUGCUGGAGCAGUUUGCUUCUUUGGUUAACAAAGAGACAUUCUGGGUGGUGUCAGAAGUGUGCGCGGAGCAUAAUCCGGUCAGGAGGAUGAAGAUUAUUAAACAGUUCAUUAAAGUUGCAAGACAAUGCAAAGAAUGCAAAAACUUCAACUCCAUGUUCGCUAUCGUAAGCGGGCUGGGACACGGUGCCGUUUCUAGAUUGAGGCAAAGCUGGGACAAAUUACCCGGAAAAUAUCAAAGGGUGUUUUCGGAACUGCAACAGCUCAUGGAUCCUUCCAGGAAUAUGAGCAAGUAUCGUCAAUUAGUGAGCGCCGAACAGACUCAACCUCCAAUUAUACCUUUCUACCCAGUCGUUAAGAAAGAUUUGACGUUCAUUCAUUUGGGCAACGAUUCCAAAGUUGAAGGCCUAAUAAACUUUGAAAAGCUGCGGAUGAUCGCAAAGGAAGUGAGGUCGUUGAGCAACAUGUGCAGUAGUCCGUACGAUUUACUCACGAUGCUCAAGUUGGGCGGACAGCCUGCUAGCAAUGCCAUGGUAGCACUCAAUCAACUUACCACUGCCUCUAGUAAUUAUCACGCACAAGGUCAAGCAACUGUAAAACGAAGAAAAAAGUCAGCGGCAGCUCCCAACCCUAAGAAGAUGUUCGAAGAGUCCCAGAUGGUACGAAGGGUCAAGGCCUAUCUGAACAACCUCCAAGUCGAAACUGACGAAGCCAAAUUGCACGAGAUGUCGCUGGAGUGCGAGAGUCCCGCGACUGGGGGAUCCUCUGGACCCGGCAGUACAAGGACCAAACGGCAUUCAUCACCGGCACCUAGUACUACCAGCAGUACGAGCAGUGCCAGCGACGAGAGGAAGCCUACCGCCAAAUUCGGUUCGGCUUCGCCUCAAGCGGUGCGGAAAUUAUUGGCAUUAUCGGAACCGAAUAAAACAAGACCGCAUCAGCCUCGUCUUCCUUCUCAUGGUCUCAAUCAGCCCAGUCCUGCCGUCAGGCGGGCGCCAAGUGCCACAGGAAGUUAUUCCAGUUACGGGUCUCAUAGUUCGAGUAGUUCAGGAGCUGGAGGCAGAGCCAUGCACGAGAGAUCUCAUUCAGACACGCCCACGCCCCUUCCCUCCGUAGCUUUGUCUGCAGAAAGCAGUAGCGUUACUUCCCUCAGCAACUUGCCUUUGAGAAAGACUGUCACCUCGGGUUCGGUCUCUUCGUCGGACUCGGGUCAUAGUACCAUCAGCCAAGUGACGACCAGCUCCAACGAUUGUCAUUCCUACCAACCUAGGUGUCCGAGUCCGCCCAGACAUCCGCCGCCUAUACCAGGCUGGUUACCUGCUCGCAUUGGUUCUUUGCCCCCUUGUGCUCUAGCUGUGGCCGUUUUACCUCCCUUACCUAUAGCUUUUCGUAAUUCCAACAAUGGUCCUGGUAGACGACAACCGCCCGCUUACAGUGUUGCAGCGCAAAUGGCGCGGUUGCAUCGGUUAGGUAGAGCUCACUCGCACGAAGGUGUUACUCAGGGUUACCAUUAUCACACCGAUCCAGAUACGGAUCAGGAUGACGAUGAGACCCAAGUCUCGGCGGUGUGAACAAUUUUCCCCUAUACCAGUGAUUUUAAAAAUGUUUGAGACAAAACGUAUGUUUAUUGGUGUUUUUGCAUAUCAAUACAAAAAUCAAUACUCAAGGAUCUAUGUCUGUAUCUUGUAUGUGUUUCCGAAAAGUUUCAGGGUACUGGGGCAAAACCUGUAUCAAUUUGUAAGUAAAAAGUGCCACUAUAUUUCUUCAACACUGACCCAACUAAAAAUGUGCCGCUGUUGAUGACAAGAACGUGCCUACCGUUGGUUGGACGCAAACUGAGUAGUGUCAGUAAUGCAGUCAAUAUUUGGCAUACCAUAUUACAAUAGCGACACUUCUGCCAUCUUACGAUACCAGUGAUUCAUACAAACGACCAUCUUCAAUAAUCUUCAUGCAAUGCCACAAUGGACAUCCUAAGUAUUGACGUCACAAAAUUGGGAGGAGCAAAAUGAGUCAAUAUAAGCUCCUCGCAAUUUUGUGACAUUUGUGACGUCAAACUUAGGCUGUCCAUUUUCCAUUAUUUUCGGGAGUCAUACUAACACUGUUCCGAGGCAUCCCGUUGGUUCUUUGAGCACUGGUUCAUUUUACAAAGACAUUUGGAGACCAACGAAAUGAAGAUCUUAAAAAAGAUUGCUGGAAAGGACUACAGGACAGGGUAAGAAGUGAGGAAAUCAGACGCAUAUGUGGGGUAGACAAUAUAAAUACCUGGGUAAAGAACAGAAAAGAAGAGUGGAAUCAACACAUAAGCAGGAUGUCUGAAUCAAGGAUUGUAAGAAUAGCCAGGGAUAAGUCACCGCUAGGCAGAAGAAGUAUAGGACGCCCAAGGAAAAGAUGGAAUGACAAUUUAGGGACAGAAUGAAAGGCACCGUUGAAGAAAAACGGGCAGUACUGCCCAUAUAAAAGAAAAAGAAGAAGAGGAAGAUACUAACACUAAUGAACAGUGAUAUGCUUUUAUCAGAAUAAACGUAAGACUUAUCGUAGAGACUUAUCAUAGACGCAAAAAAUCUAUUGCUAGUAAACAAGAUAAAAUCAUUUUUUACCAAAUUUAAAAAUGUUGCUGGGAAUCACCUAAGACAGAAUUGACAUUAUACCGAUUGAGAAAUUUCUCAUGGUUUGUAUGCGCCUUUAAUGAGAGCGACACAGAGACAUAUAUUUAUUAUACAUUUAAAACGGGCUAGAAGAUAUACGCCGGCAAAGCGGGUUAGCGCGAACAACCCACUUCAUGUCGUAGGUAGAGCUUUCUCAUCACAGCGUUGCCAAAGUAGAUUUAAAAAAGAAAAUAACAAAGUAGAAAAAAUAUAAUAUUUAACUUAUUGUAAACGAAUAUAAUAAACAAAUUAUUUAAAAGAAAGAAACUUAAGUAAAAAAAUAUUGUUUUCAUCCAUUUUAAAAAAAUGUGAAAACGUUGAAAUAUAAUUCAACCUUUGUCACUCAUAUAUUAUAUUAUAUACAAUUAAUUAUUUAUUUACACUAUUUUUUACCCUGUUGACUAAAAACUCUACUGAUACGGUUUUUGUCCCUGUGAACAGUACCUGAUUAUUAUUUAGUGUCUUAUAAGAUUCAGAUUUUGUUAAUAAAUUUUAGAUUUGUUUUAUUUAUAUUAGUAACAAUAAUUAUUGAUCUAAUGUACAUAGAAAUGAUUUAGUAUGAGUUUCCCACCCUGUCUCCUAUCGUGACAAGGCAUCUCGUAACGCGGCAGUUGGUAAUCCCACGACUCGUAACGGACAAUCCGUAACCCCAAAAAUUCGUAACGGCAACAGUUCGUAAUGGUAUAUUUCGUAACGUCAAAAUUGAAUUCUUAUUGUUUUUAACGUGGAAGUUAACAUUUAUUACAGUUACAAUUGAAAUUACGUUUGUCAAUUUAACGAACCAGCAUAUAUAUUAUAUAUAUUUUUAAUUAUGUAUAUCUUUAAAUAAAUGCGAUCUAGUAAUGUAUAUUGUAUUAAUUAUUAUGAAACUGUUAUUAUUUAUUACAUUAUUUGCAGACUUAGUUUUACUACUUUCAAGUUUUAAUUCAAGAUAUUAAAAUUAAAAAAAAAAUCUUUAGUUAUCAUAUUUCAAGAAUACUCUUCUCCAAGACAUUAACGCACCACAUUAAAAAUUGGUCAUUUUUAAUUUCUCGAAUUUCCUAAACCUAUUUUCCGACUUAAUUGUUUUUUUUUUUAACAUGAGCGCUAUUCUUUAACAAUACCGCUGUAAUAAUACUGUUGCUAGACAGGUAAAUUGUCUUUGUAUAACAGGUGUACCAAUUACUUUAACAACUAGCUUUGUUUUUCAUCAAUACAGGGUGUUUUUAAAUAAGUAUGGCAAACUUUAAGGGGUAAUUCUGCAUGAAAAAAUAAUCACGGUUUGCUUUAUAAACGUAUGUCCGCAAAUGCUUCGUUUCCGAGAUACAGGAUGUUAAAUUUUUUCUUACAAACUGACGAUUUAUUUAUUGUUCUAAAACCAUCCGAGAUAUGCAAAUGAAAUUUGGUGGGUUUUAAAAGGUAGUUAUUGUGCAUUUAUUGACAUACAAUUAAGAAUUUUAUGUUCGCCAGUGGUGCACAUACGGGCCAUAUUACUUGUAUGCGCGCCAAUGGUAAAUAUUAAAUUCCUAAUUUUAUAUCAAAAAGGGUAAUAACUACCUCUUAAAACCCACCACAUUUCAUUUGCAUAUCUCAACCGGUUUUAGAGCAAUAAAUAAAUCGUCAGUUUGUAAGAAAAAUUUCAACACCCAUGUGUGUAAAAAAUGUAAAGAAAAUUACUACAUACUAUAAAUUAAUAUACAGUGCUAGUCUAAAGUCCAUACCCCCCUCCUAUCUUUUCAACGGUUAUACUUAUAAUAGUAAAAUUGGGAGGGAGGAAAUAAACGGACAUAAGCUUCUUAACUAGUCAUGAAAUAAUAGUGACAGAUGACGUUACAGAGCCACUGUGACUGAUAAUUUUAAAUGGGACCUUAUGGCAAGUGAUACCUCGUUUGAAAGGUAUUCAAAAUACCUAUUCCGACAUACUAAUUUUUUUUGUUUAAGUUGAUUUUGAUUUUGGUGAAUAAAUUAAAUAAAUAUAAUAUUGUAGUUUCGCAUUUAAUUAAUAAACAUUUAAAUGUCCGCCUAUGGCUUUUUGUCAAAAAAAGUUGACGUUUUUCAAUUCUCUAGUAGUUUUUAUGUCAACAUGUUCAAACAGAAUUAGUCUGACUGAAUAGGGCUUUUCAUUGAUUGUCAUUUGUUUCGGGGAUUAUACGACAUUUGACAGAAGCUCCAAACAAAUGACUGUGAAUGAAAAGCCCUAUAGGUAUUUUCAAUACCUUUCAAAGGAGGUAUCACUUGCCAUAAGGUCCUAUUUAAAAUUAUCUGUCACAGUGGCCCUGUAAAAUCAUCUGUCACUAUUACGUCACCUGUCAUGACUAGUUAAGAAGCUUAUGUCCCUUUAUUUCUUCCCUCCAAAUUUCACUAUUAUAGGUAUAACCGUUCAAAAGAUAUGUGGGCGGUACGGACUUUUGACUAGCACUGUAUAUAGAUAUUAUAUUAUAAUAUAUUUAAUAUAUUCCUAAAUUUUAGCAGAAACAUUUGUACAUAGGUACAAUUAUACAAGAGAUUCGAAAACACUUAUUAUACAUAAACUUAAUACAAGAACAUACCUCAUCUUUUCUCCAAAUGAAUAACUUGGACCGAAAUUCGGCCCUUAAACCAAUAUCUGAGAUUGCUUCUUUAAUGUCAUCUACAGACAGAUAAAUUAAGCUUCUGUAUGUUACACCGCAAUCUAAAAUAAUGAUUAAAUGAUGAAUACACACCCUAGGUAUAUAUCGAAAGCAAGAAAUAUGAAAAACUUUUUUGGAAUAUAUAAAAACAACAUUGUUAAAAUAGGUCUCAAUAAUAUUUUCUUCAUAAUUACCUUUUAGCAUUGGUAAAAGUUGCAAUAGAUUCCAGCCUUCUAGCAAUGUUUGUAGCCGAUCAAGGUCAACGUCUGUUUCCUCUAAUUCUAAUUUUUCAGUUGAACCCGCCUCUAGUAAAUCUUAACGUGUCGAAUUAUUUAGUUCAUCAAGUGUCAAAUUUAAGAUAACAACGCCGUCUUCUUUGGUGUUAACGCCGCCGCCGGUGGCUUCGUCGAGAACACCGGGUUCAGUGUUAUCGCCAUUUGCAUUUGCCAGGAUAAUGCUUAGUGGCUCUGCCAUAUUAUCGCUAAUAUAUUAUAAGGGGAUGUAACCGCCUUACAAAUUUCUCAAUUCUCACGGGUUUAAGAAUAUAAAAGGAUAUUAUUGGAAACAACUGUAAACUGUAUUAUGCACAACUUUUAUUCACACUAUUAACACGAGCACGCGGACACUGGACACCAUUGCCGAAAUGGCCGAACGAAAUGCACAUAGACCGCAUAGACGUAAACAGCGGCUUUCUGAUCAGUGUUGCCAACUCAGUAGAAUUUCUACUAAAUAUAGUAGAAUCUUAUAGAAACAAUAUCUUCUCGCUCUUAAAAUAAAAAUGUUCACAUAAAAUUAAAAGGAUGUCUUAUUGAUUUAAGCAGACGGGGAAACAUCUUCAUAUAAUAAUGCAUUGCUGUUUGAUUCGAAUGUGGUUCUUUUAAAUCAUAUAUCCGCUAAUAAUUGAUUUAAAGGGAAAUACUAGUAAAAAUUUCAGAAAAGCAAAUUAAAAUAAAAAUGUGUAUAUUUGAUUGUAUCGCCGCCUUAUUAAUGUUAGUAGACAAGUAAAACAAUUUAACAAUGCUGCUUUAUUUUAAAUGUGGUUCUUUUAAAUUAUAUGUGAUAAUAUUUAAUUUACAAAGAAGUAAUAUUAGAUAUCAAAGAAAAGGAAAUUCCCUUAAUUUUAAAUAAUUACAUUUUUCUUAUGUAUUCAAAUCAAUAUCAUAUCAUUAGCGAACGUUUAUGAAAUGAAUACUUUUAUUAAUUAAAUUAAGCAGAUCAACUUAAUUAUUUUAACGUGAUUUGUUGUGCAUUUUAAAACGCAUAAAUUUUCUGAGUGCACAAUCUCGGAAACGAAGCAUUGGCGGACACACGUUUAUAAAGCAAACUGUCAUUAUUUUUUCAUGCAUAAUUACCCCUUAAAAUUUGCCAUACUUAUUUAAAAACACCCUGUAUUGACGAAAAACAAGGGUAGUUGUUAAAGUACCUAACUUUUUUAUUGUCCAACAUAAGCGAAUGAAUAAAAAAACAGAAUGUUAAGAAAACAUGAGGCUAUAGUUGGGUUUUAAUUUCAGUAUUUUAUAAAUGCUAGAAUAUUCCACAGGGUCAUGCGAAAUUUGAGAAAAAAUCACAGUUUGAUUGACAAAGACAAUUUACCUGUCCAGCAACAAUAUUACAGCGAUAUUGUUAAAGAAUAAGGCUAUAACAUAUUAAAAAAAUCACUUAAAUCGGACAAGUUUAGGAAAUUCGAGACAUCAAAAAUGGCGCAUUUUUAAAGUGGUGCGUUAAUUUCUUGGAGAAGUGUAUAAAAUACGCAAAAAUAUAUUUAAAAAGAAGUGGCUCUAAAAAAAGUACCAAGUGUGAAAUAUAUUUAAAAAGAAGUGGUCCUAAAAAAAGUACCAUUACUUUUAGUAUAGGAAUGUAUGCAAAAUGCAUUUUAGUAUAAAUUCAGUAAUAGGUACUAAAUAUGCCAAAAAAAUGAAAUGUUGCCUUUACGAAUUAUACCGUUACGAACUGUCGCCGUGACGAAUUGGCGGCGUUAGGAGAUGUCAUGGAACCGCCUCCUAUAUCUAUUUCUCUAGUUUCGUAUUCGAAUAGACUAUGUAGGUAGGUGUCAUUCAAAGCAAUAUGUCAAUCAGAAAUAUCUUGUAAUAUAAUGAAUUAACGUUAUUAGGUAAUUAAGAGAAAACUAUGACCAUAAAUUGUUAAUGGAAUCAAUAUUUUUGUCUGUACAUGCAAUUGAAACGUAGUCAUUUAACAAAACGUUGAUGAUACAAAGCAAAUUUCUAAAUCAUUUAAUAUAUCCUUGUGACAUUAUUCCUACAAUUUUAAAAAUUUUCUCAAUAAAAAGGUUUUAUUAGGCAACCCACUUUACACUAGAGCGUAGUGUGCAGAUGCCAACUCAUAACAUAGUUUUAAUUUCAGAGAAGACCAACAGUUUUCUUAUUGGUAGUUUUAGGAUCUCUUCUGGUUCAAACCUCAGUUGAUCAGUGAAAUCCUGCCUCACAUCAUAUUGCAAUGGCACAGUAUGUGUAUGGUAGUCUCUUCAUCCAUUUCGCACUUCGGUACCAUGGUUCUUUCACCUUAUCUAAUUUUUAAAGGUGGUUUCUUAAACGGCAAUGUCCAGUCACCAUUUCAGUGACCGUUUUGAUCUCUCGUUUAUUGAGGUUCAUCAAAUUUUCGAGUGUUUUUUAUCAAUAUUCUUGAUUAUUUUCGUAGUCUGAAUUUGCCCUUGAGUGGUUCUUCAUUUUUUUUAAUAAUUCCUAGUCAGCCACUUCUGAACCUCAUUUUUUGUAGCAUCUUUAGUGAUGCCACAGAAAGGUUCUGGGCCUUCAAAUUGGACAAUGAUUUUUGAGUUUAUAAGAUAGUUAUGCCAUGCGUGUCAAACUUUUUCUGGACAUCUAGCUACACUAUUUUUGGUACAACUUGAGAACAAUUAAAUAUUUGAAUGAUAUCUUUUAAAACUGAACUAUGGGUACUAGAUUCGUUCGAAGUUUUUCUGUCAAUUGUCUGUAGACGACUUACGUACCUGACAGGGUGUUGUAUCUGGUAGAGCAGUUUCCACUGAUCUAUUGAGACCUAUCCCAAAUUUUAGGGAUUCGUGUAUUUAGGGAUAUAUCACAAAUCUUUUGAAUAUAUAUGUAAGUAAAGUGAUUGGACUUGUGGUCCAAAGUUCUUCAUUUCUUCAUGGAAGAACGUCCACAAACAAAGACUAUAAUGUUUAUAUAUAACUAGACUUUUAACUGAUAUUUUGUUGAGAAUUUUUUUAAAAUGUGGAAAAUUGUAGGACAAGUUUGACACAUUUUAUCUAUUUUACGAAUGGUAUGAUUCUGUAAUUUAUUCACAGCCAAGCAAAAAACAGGUUAACAGAUCCUAACACGUAUGUACGUAGAAGAAGUACGGCUCACCCCCUACUCUCUCCAACGAUGUCUGAUCCUUCUUUCAAUGAAUAUUCCAUAGCAAAUAUGAUCAUGCGAUGUUGCCACAUUUCAAGAUUUUUCUUGGCUUUGAAUAUAUUAGACAAAAUGCCAUUCCUUAAAUAUUAUUAAUAUUGACUUUUCUAUAUUCUACUAAGGACAACUAAAUUUUUUGUCGUUAGCGUCAUUAAUAAUGUUAAGGGUAUUUGUCACAUUUGUAAUAGACUUUUUAAUUAGAGCUUUAGAGUAAUAAUAUAUAAAAUUAAAAAAGCAGUAUACAGUAAAAAGUCUGGAACGUGUCAAAUUCCUUUUGAGCAAUCUAAUUUGUGCAUUUUUAUUGUUGAUUAGCAUUUCGAUUACGUAAAAUUCUAGAAUUGACACCAACUAUAUACCUUGAUCCUCAGUACAUUCCAGUUUUUGUAUAUAUCUUACCAGAAAGCAAAUAUAUCUACCUUAUCUACAUCUUAUUAUAUUGUAUUAAUGUAUUCAACGUAAUAUGAGCACUCGGAAAAAGUUUUUGACUGAAAAGGUUAACACCAUUGGUAUAUAACUUACAUUAGGGAUGAAAGAUAUACUUGCCCGUGAUCAACAAAUUAAAAAAUAUGCUAGAACGGAUGCAGAGUGAUGUUAUAUGUGGUUGAUGCAUAGGGUAUCACCAGAACGUUAGUUGUUAAAUAUUCCACGGUUUCUAGAUAUUUUUUGGAUAUUUUUACCUCUACUGUUCCAUUCAAUGUGUUUUAUAUCCCGUUUUAACAUGGCUUUUCAUCAAUAGGUCAUUCAAAAACAACACAGUCGAAACAUAUUCUUCUUCUUCUUUUUCUCUUUUAUGGCCUUUGGGAACUGCGCCCAUUUAGCCAGUUUCUUCAUGAAUGAAUUCUUCCAGAUUCAAGCUGCACGUAUGUUGUAUCGAACCAGGUUCUGAUGUUCUUUAACCAGGAUGUUUUUCGUCUUCCUGGACCUUGCUUUCCAAAUAUUCUUGGUGUCUUCUCUUGAUUCAAUACCAUAGGUCAUAACAGGUCUGAUAUUUUAUAAAUUCUAACUUUGCUGUCCAUUCUCAUAUAUGGGUUAUUCCAGACCACAUCUCUUAAACAUCCGGACAUGACUACGGUGUUGUUUAUUUGUUCCCUUAGGUCUCUGGCUGGGUCAUGAUAACUUGAUAAAUCUACAUCUAGAUAUUUGAACUGAUUUAGCUGUUCUAUGGGUUUCUCCUCUACCACGAGCUUGCAUCUAAUUAGAUCUUUCGCAAUGGUAAUGUAUUUUAUUUUCUACAUGGAUAUGUUUAUGUUGAGUCGUCGACAUUCUUGGUAGAAUCGAUAAAGUCGUCUUUGAAGGUCAUGCUCAUCCUCUGCAAUCAGGGCUGCUUCAUUCGCAUAGCACUCUAUACUGAUUCUACUGUGACCGAGUCUGUAUCCUAGUUGUAGCGAUUCCAUAUCUUCUAUUAUUUCAUCCAUCAGCAUAUUGAAUAGAAAUGGGCUGAGGCUGUCAUCACUGCUAGACCUAACCUAACAUAGCCUAAAAAAUGAGUUUAGACUGCUACUUGAAUAACAGAAAUGAAUAUUGAUCCGUAAGUGUUACAUAACGUUUUAUACAUCAAUCGUACGAACAAACUUAUCAAUUUUUAAUCUACUGAUGUACUUGUUUUAUGGAACUUUUCGUUUUUCUUAUCUUAAGUGACGUUUUUUAUAACCGUUUCCGUCAAAAGUUCUAUAUACAGGUGCACGAUUAUAUUUAGAUUAUGUAAACAAACAUUAUAAACACUUUUGUAUUGGACAAUGUACUAGACUGAACUUGAACAGUGCUUUUUCAAAGUGAUUGUGAUUUUGGUUUUAAAAUGCCGUAAAUGACCGAGACGGAGCAAAGUUGAUUUUUAUUUAUACCCCUACCAGGUAUCUAAGAGACUCAUUAACAUCAGCUGAGUGGGGUGCUAUUGUUGGAAAUGUGAAAUUACAUAAACAAGAUAUUAUUUCAUAAAAUAGGUAGAUCCAUUGUUUAUGGAAUUCCAUACCUCCAACAAUAGCACCCCGCUGAGCUGAAUAGAAUCUCUGAGAUGGCUGGUACUACACAUAUAUCUAACAUUUACUGACAAUAAACACUACAUAUAUGCAGUCUUCUGUUGUAUUACGUUCACUAGACAAUUACUAUAACCUUCUUCCUUCAGUUAUUCUUCUUUUUCAACGCACAAAGUGGUAUUUUACUUAAAAAAGCUGCCCAAAAACGAAAAUUUCAAAAACUUUUUAAAGUCUUUUGUCUCCCCCUUUGUACAUAGGAAGUGUGAUUCCUACUUUCCAAUCUUCUGGGAUGACUUCUAGUGUCCUUCAUGUCCACCUUUCUUUAUCAGUUCUGCAGUUAUUCCAUCUGUGCCAGAUGCUUUGUUAUUUUUUAGAUGUUUCAUGACGUGUAUAGUUUCCUCCAAUGUUGGUUGCUCAACUAGUUGUUCUGCUAUGUGAAUUAUUUGUAAUAAAGGGUAAGACAACGGUCGUCGUAGAAAAUUGUGCGAAUGUAAAAGAUUUAUAGUUUUUACAUUUGGCAAAAGUUUAGGGAUAUAAAUAUUUACAUAUAUUUUUUGAUACGGUAUGAUACAGAAUUGAAAUUAAUGACAUAAUAGUAUAUUAUAGUCCAAGAAAUGAAGCUUAAAAUAGGACAAAACCUCGCAAUUUUUACAGAAUGGAUAGAUUUGUUUGGAAAUUUGAGAAUAAGUAGUGGAUAGUCCAAGGAUCAAAAUCUAUAUGAUGCCAAAAGGCGCUUUUACCAUGGGGGUGGUUGCCACCCCAUCUCGGGGGUGGAAAUUUUUUAUUAUAUUUUGACCGCAAAACUUGAUAAAAGCAUUUAUUAUAAGCAAAAAACAUUCUAUAUAUUUUUUUGAUAAAAUUAAUAGUUUUCGAUUAAUUCCCUAUCGAAAGUGUUAGUUUUAUAUCGAAAAAAUCCAUGUUUUUAAUCAGUUUUCUGCUAACUCAAAAAGUUUUCGUUCUAUCAAAACAACUUUACUAACAAAAAUAUACCUUUUGAAAAAAUAAACAAAACUUUUUUCUUUAGUUUUCUUUAAGACCAAUAGUACUCGAUCUAUACUUUAUUAUAUGUUAGCUCUACUUCGUCAAAUGCUAAACAUUGUAGUUUCAAAGUCAAAAGACGGGAAAACUAUACAUUUCUCGAGGAUAACUUUUUCAAGAUAAUUUAAAGUUUUUAAAAUUAUCUAUCUCCAGAAAUAAAAAAAAAUCUCUAGCUCAAAAAUUAAGUGACUUAUAAUGAAAAGAAUAUCCGUCCCUAUUUUUUUUUCAGCAAAAAGUGAUCGAAAACAACCCCCUAAUCACCACCCUAAUUAAAAUUAGUCAUUGACCUGAUUUGGUGUUCUUUACUUAUGUAUUUUUAAUAGGUCCUAGAAGUUUAAUCUGCUUAGAAUGAUGAUUAGUUUUAAAAAAAUGGAGUUAAAAGCGAAUAACGAAUUUUUGUAGUUUGGUAAAAAAUGCCCUUUUCUUCAGAAUAGCAAGAAUCGUAUAGUCGGUUCGCUAAACUCGGACGCAACUGGCUAGAUAUUUUAGUCGAUAAUUUUUUUGUUUUUUGCCAAUUUUGCAAAAAUUGGCAAAAUUACUAACUAUUUAGUGAUUGUUAACUAUUUAGUAAUUAUUUUUUGCCAAUUUUACUAAAAUUGGCAAAAUUACCGACUAAAAUAUCUAGAAAGUUGCGUCUGAGUUUAGCGAACAGAUAUAUCAGAGAUACGAAAAAAUAUUUAAAUAUAAAAUUGUAAAUGAAGUAAAAGUCAGACUUACUCUCAAUCUUAUUGAGAGUAAGUCUGACUUUUACUUCAUUUAAAAUGAACUCUCACAUGCAACCCAUUCAAGAUUUUUAUAAAAUUGUAGUUUAUUUAAUUCCCAAGGACUUGGUUUGCAAAAAUUUUUUCUAGGGCAAAAAUUGAGUGAGCUAUUGACAAUUAAAACUUGUAAUAACAUGCAAAAACCACCUUUACCAACCCUUUCAAUGUCACGUCUUUUUGUGACUGCGGCUUUUAAAAGGAUUUGAUAUUAACAGCCUUAUAGAUCUUGUACAAAUCUACACAAUUAUUUUUUAACAAACUUUUUAACAUAAAAAAUAAAAAAGUUACUGUUAAAAAAUUAAUACAUUUUUUUUGAAAAAAAAAAGGAGAAAACUAAUUGGAAGCAUAAUCAUUUAAGUUAGCGGUGGUCUUAGUCAUUGGCCUUAUUAAUUCUUUAUGUAUUACUAAUAGAUUCUAGAAGUUUGACUGGCUUAGAAUGAUUAGUUAAAAAAAAUUAAAAAUGAGUUUUUAAGCGAAUAAAAAAUUUUUGUAUUUUGGUAAAAAAUGCCAUUCUCUUCAGAAUAGAAAGAUUAGCAUCAGAGAUACGAAAAAAUGUUUAAAUAUGAAAUUGUAGGUUAUUUAAUUACCAAGAACUUGGUUUAAAAAAAUUUUUUUACUGCAAAAAUUGAGUGAAUCGUAAAUGAGUAUACCAUCGAAAAACAUUGACUUUUUAGAUAUAAAAUUAACACUUUCGAUAGCGAAGAAAUCGAAAACUAUUAAUCUUAUCAAAAAAAUAUAUAGAACGUUUUUUGCCUAGACUGAAUGUUUUUAUCAACUUUUACGGUUAAAGUAUAAUAAAAAAUUUCCACCCCUAGAUGGGGUGGCAACCACCCCCAUGGUAAAAGCGCCUUUCGGCAUCAUAUAGAUUUUGAUCCUUAGACUAUCCACUACUUAUUCUCAAAUUUUCAAGCAAAUCGAUUCAUUCUGUAAAAAAUGCGAGGUGAAAAGCUUCGGUUCCUGGACUAUUCAUCUUAAUUUUGUUCUCUUUCUGGACUUACGAGCUCUUGAAAAUACUCAUUCCACCUUCUCAUUAGUUCCUGUUUCUCGCUAAUAAUUGUCCCAUUUUUGUCCUUGCAAACUGUUGAUCUUGUCAUGUAUCCUUUUGUAUUGCUUGGUUUCCUUGUAAAAUUUUUGAGUCUCUCUUCUGUUGUUAUAAUCUGUAAUCUGUUGUAUUUUUCUAUUCAACAUUUCUCUCUUUUCUCAGUUCUCUAUAUGCCCUUCUAUUCUAUCAGGAAUCCCUUUUUAGACAUUUCUGUCAAGCUAUAUUUUUGCUAUGUAUUACUUGUUGGCAAUCUUGGUCAAACCAUUCCUUAUUCAUCAGUCAAUUAUCAGUAUCAGUAAACAUAUUUACUAAUAAACUAUCACCGUCGUAUAUAUAAUUGAAUUAACAAACACGCCAAUAUAUUUUUUCACAUUGUUUAUUUGCACUGACGUAACUUACUCAAGAUUUAGCAACUAACUUCAUAUUGUUGCUUUUUCCUGUCGGUGUGCGUGCGCAUCGUAAAAAUUCACUCUCAAUAUUUUUCCCAAUCGCACCUGAAGAAGUCAUCAUCAUAAAUGGCGCUACAACUCUUCGUGAGUCUUUGCCGCGUUUACUAUUGCCUUCCAUGUUUGUCGGUCCCGUGCCACUAAUUCUCAAUGUCGCAUUCCCAUUUUCUCUAGAUCUUCUUUGACUGCAUCUUUCCACCUUUUUCCCUACAGACCUUCUUCCAUCUGGCCUUUCCCAGAACACAUUGUUUAUAAGGUGAUUGUCGUUACUGCAUAUCACAUGCCCUGCCCAUCCGAGUCUAUUUGCCUUUAUAUAUCUGACUAGAUUUUCUUUUCCGAAUAGAGACUCUAGCUCGUUAUUGUAUCUGCGCCUCCAUUCGUUUGUCACGCUGUCUCUGCAAGGGCCAUAUAUCAUUCGAAGUAUUUUACGUUCCCACACCAACAGUUUAUUUACUUCUCUUUUUGUUAGCGUCCAUAUUUCGCUUCCAUACGCGACUGCUGGUCGUAUUAUGGUAUUAUAUAUCUGGAUUUUUACACCUCGUGAAAGAAGUUUUGGCUUCAUUAGAUGUUUCAUGGCAAAGAAAGAUCUGUUUCCUGCCAUUAUUCGCGUUUCAACUUCUCGCUCUAAUUUGUUGUCAUUUGUGAUUGUUGCUCCUAGAUAUUUAAAUUCUUUAACUACUUCGAAGUUGUGAUCGUUUAUAGUAAUGUUUUGCCUUAUUCGCCGUCGUUCUUGUUUUGAGACGACCAUGUAUUUUGUUUUGUCUUCAUUUAUUUUUAGGCCGAUGUUUAAUGCAGCUUCUUUAAAGCCUGAAGAAGUAUAACUCCAAAAAUAAACAAAAAAAGGCAGUUCAUACAAAAAAAGAGUAGUAAAACCUCACAACUAAACACAGCCAAAACGUGUUACGAAGUGACAGCUGUCAAAUUUCUUUGGUUAGAAUUCUUGGAGUGGGGAUAUUGUCAAAUGACGUCACAUAUAACUACAAGAAUCGUUCCGAAAUUCUAGUUUUUGAAAUUUUCGUUUUGGUCAGGUUUUUAUGUGAAAUAGUAUUCCGUACAUGGUUUUCUUUUCCUUCUCUUAUUGUUGUUGGUAUAUAUGUAUACAGCGUUCUACGUUAAGAAUAGAACAUUGCGCUUACGAAGAUCAGUGUUGCCAAGCCUCUCGGGCAUUGGGGCUACUCGUCUGCCGAUUAUGAUUAUUCUAUGGAGGACGGCAUGGCAUCAGCGCGCUUCUAUCGUUCAUAAUAAAUACAUGUGACUAUCUCCGCAAUCUUCUAUUCUUAUCGUGGAAUGCUGUAUAGAACUCUUGGCAGUGUUGCCAAGUUCGUAGACCAUUUUAUAGAUUUCGUUAAGUGUCCGUCUGUGUCAUGGGGCGGUUUUUUGCUUAAAAAUUUAGUUGCAAUUUUUUUAGGUUUUGUGAUUAAACUAGUCGCUCAAUUUUUAACAGAAAUGGCAGUUCGUUCUGUUUCUCCUGCACUUCUCCAAGAAAUUAACGCACCGUCUUAAAAUUAAGACAUUUUUGAUGCCUCGAAUUUCCUAAACCUGUUGUCCGAUUUGAGUGUUUUUUUAAUAUGUUAUAGCCUUAUUUCUUGACAAUAUCGCUGUAAUAAUAUUGUUGCUAAACAGGUAAAUGUUCCAAAGUUUGGAACACCCUGAGGAAUAUUCUAGAAUUUAUAAAAUAUUGAAAUUGCAACUCAGAUGUAGCGUUAGGCUUUCUUAACAUUUUGUUUUUUGAUUCAUUCGCUUAUGUUCGAUAAUAAAAGAGAUAAUAUGUACUUUUAUAUUACAAAUGAGGUUUGCUAUUUGGUCUUGAUCACUAUUAUUCCAAAUUCAGAGAGCUACUGUUUCUACCUCUUGUAAGUUUCUAGGAGGUGGCAAACGCUGUAGUCUUCUGACAAUUAUGUCCCACAAAUGUUCGAUCGGGUUAAGAUUUAUACAAUAAUACUGUGACCAAUUCAAAGUUACUUGUUGAUUUGAAAAUUUACCUGUUAUAAAUAUUCGGUUACAGUUCCUGCAAUGUAACGUUUUGCAUUACCGUGCAUUAGCAUUGCUACCAAUGUAAGGAGCCGAUAGCAUGGUAGUUAAGUCCUUCGCUGUUAUGUAAGGCAACUGCUUGAACAAACUAAUCGCGGGUCAAAUUCCUUUGUAGCGCGUUCCAUUGCCACCAAACAACAAAAAAAGAUUACGGUUUUAAUUGAAACUUUAAAUAAUAAAUAUACUAAUUUCCCCAACAAACCGGACACUUUUUGACUGUUAACAAUUUGACACUUAUCAAAUUGUUAAUUUCUCAUAGCCUGAUUUAGGCGUCUUUAUUAAACUAAGCAGAAAAUGCGGAUAAAAUUAUGUAAAACAUGACUAGUUGUUAAACUACCUAACUUUUUUAUUGUCCAACAUAAGCGAAUGAAUCAAAAAACAAAAUGUUACGAAAACCUGAGGCUAUAGUUGGAUUUUAAUUUCAGUAUUUUAUAAACGCUAGGGUGUUGCGAACGAGAAAAAAAAACAAAGUUUGAUUGGUACAUUCGGUAGGUAUACAAUGGCAAUUUACCUGUCUAGCAACAAUAUUAUUACAGCGACAUUGUUAAAGAAUAAGGCUAUAAUAUAUUAAAAGAACCACUUAAAUCGGACAACAGGUUUAGGAUAUUCGAGACAUCAAAACUGACCUAUUUUUAAGGUGGUGCGUUAAUUUCUUGGAGAAGUGUCUUUCCAAAGACAAAUUGACGAAAGAUGGGAGAUUCAUAACGAAUGUGUGUUCUUUUCGAAUUUAUUUUGAUAUUAAUACUACUAUUUUAGUUGUUAAGUGUAAUAUAAUUUAAGUAGAUGUAUGUAUAUCUGUAUAUUAGUGUACAAAUUUUCAGAUUUAUUUCAUUCACAUUAAAUGGCUUUAGAAACAGUCUUUGUCAUUUUAUUAUAAAUGUAAUAAUUUUAAAAAUAAACUGUAAACAAAUAA